AUGGCCUCCCGUAGCCCAAUUGUUGUCAACUCCUCGUCGCAGGCUUCAAUCCGCAUCCCGUCUGUCACGCCACAGAGCCACCGAAAGAAGUCGAAUGCCGCAUUGUCCUCUUCACCGGGGCUGGCCGAACUACCGACGUUUGCCAGAGUGCCCGCAAAGGGGUUAAAGUCUGGGUCAAAUGCUCAGCAGGUACCAGAAGGAGCCGCAUUGGGCUUCGCCUCGGCAGCGACGUUGUUCAAAGGUGCUCAGAGCGAGGCGAAGUUGAAGGAGAAGGAGCAGCAUGUCGUGGAAAAUGGAGCAGUGGCCGAUGUGAGAUAUGUCGGAGUUUCUGAGAAGCGGAGUGGCAGGCUAUCGCAGCCCAAAAAGCCCAAAAAGACGGGAAAGGAUAGGAAGAACAGGAGCGACGGAUCUAGCCAUCCUGCACUGAAGAGCAUUCAUGAUAGUCAAGGUCUCGGUGAAGCAACGGGUACUGGAAAUACAUGCCCUUAUUUUGGGCAGUCCAAGUCGAGGACUCCAAGCAUAUCGCUUUCAGAAUUUGACUUCCGACCUGAAGAGCACCAAGGCUCGCCUUUGGCAAUGUCAAUUCCUCCAGAGUCAUUGAAGAAGUCCAAGAAGAGCAGUACGAAGACGGGAAAAUCAGAAUUGGAAGGUCCUUCCAAAAAGCCUCCAAAACGAACCGCCGCAUCAGAUGCGGCCGCGGCGAAGACGAAGAAGCGAUUUACAAAAUCUGAGUCUAUCAUCUUGAAUUCAGACGAGCCAGAUGCCGACACUGCUGGACAUGUGCCGAUGCCCGCUACUACGCCUGCCAAAAAGUCUGCCACAAACGAAACGAGUGCCAACGAUUCAAGGACCACGGUGUAUCGAUUGAAGAGCGCAGAAGGGCCCGGUGCUCCGAGGAUUGGAUUCCAUGUAGAGAAGGAUUCAAAGCUGAAUGGCGUUGUUGCAAAGGCUGCGAGUGCCGGCAAGUCUAUGUACUUCUCAGAGAAGAUUCAACCAGAAGUGGAAGGAAAUCGAGGCAAUGGACAAGCCGCUGGUGUGACUCCAGAAACUCUAUCUGCAGAUGAAACGUCAGAUGCGUUGCCGACGUUGGUUGCGGCACCUCGACGCAGAUUGAGCUGGACUCCUGCGAAGAACACAACCCUCGGAAAACCCGCUCCGGAUGGCCGACCUGGAACUGCACCGUCUGCUGGCUCAGAUAUUCCUCCAAAGUCCCUGACUUCACUGAUCAGUGGUUUCGAGUACUCUGAAAGUACAACGAACUCCAUCUCUCACGACCGAACCUCUACCGGCGAAGCGCUGACCAAGAGACGGCGAAUAGAACUCGUAGAUGCGAGCACUGUUGCAACAGCAAAACGCAAACCCGCCGCCGCUGUACCUUCAGAGCCAAGGACGAAGACUAAGGUCAAGAAGAAGCCACAAACUAUCACAGCACUGGCGACAAAAGCCUAUCACCCCGAUUCCGAGGCCGCUGACGCACAGCCCACGGUUUCUGAAUUCUUCGAUGCUCAGACGUCUGUUGCACCACCCACAGAUGCCAGCGUUACGCAUCUGCAGGAACACGGGAAAGUGACAAAGCCCCGCAAACCACGAGCGAAGAAGGUCGGCGACGGAACUGUUGAAGUGGGCACGAAGAUAACUAGGAAGGUGAAAUCUAAAGCCAAGUCCAGAGAGAAGGAUCCCAUAGUGAAGCUGCACAGUCCCGGCCAAGCUCGCGCACAGGAACGAAGUCAAGGCUUCAUGUUCGGGACGUCCAGCCAGCUCGCACUUGAGGAGUCGCCUUCAUACCUUCGAGAAAUUCAAGCAGCGAUUGAGGAAUCAGAGCCAAUGCCUACAUCUCACACUGGAAACCGUUUAACGAACAAAAGCAGCAUCCAAGUACCAAGCGCCCCGCACGGUACGAACAUUUCUGUGGGCCAAGGCAAUAGAGGGCUAUGGUGCUCUGCUACUCGAGACGAAGGUGGAAGUUUCCUUGACGUAGACAUGACCUGGGAGCGACCCUGCUCUAAUGAAUUCUCGGGACAAGCCACGAGCGUCGAAACACUACUUGUCAACACCACUGACGAAGGCCUUGCCGAAGAUGCUUGUAUGUUCGAGGCUGGUCCGACCCUUCAGAGAGACCCCACUCCACCAGACUUUGUCGUCUCCAACGAGCCUGGGCCUCCCCUCAAAGUGGAGGAUGGCAGUCACAAUACGAUGAUUGAUCUGGGUCAGACAUCUUCGCCCAAUGCCCGAGGCAGAGCAGAGCCUAGUGUGGCCCUCCAUGUCCAAGACACCGCUGGCACUAUGGAUGCCCUAGCACCAACAGCCGCUUCGUCGCCACCGCAGCAUCAUUUCGAAGACGAGUGGAACUUCUUAAGCAGCGACGAUUCUGUUCCCAAUGCCGCGCACGGUGGCCCAGAACUUGCCUCCACGCCACCCCAUCCUUUGUCCCCAGUGCAACCCUAUAAACCACCACAGCUGCUGCGCUCUGCCACCUCCCCUCUCCUCCACAGAACGGCAUUGCAGAAUCUCGAUGCCAACAUCGGCUUACUCAGUCGUACAUCUCCGGUCAAGAACAUCGACUCUGCGCAACAGCGGGCUCUAAAGUCUACGACUGCCGACCAAACAAGACGACGUCGCGGGCGCCCUCGUAAGCCUGUCGCUGCGGCUGCUGUUCAUGUUACUGCGCCCAAACGUCGAGGAAGACCACCCAAAGCACCUUCGGCUCUGGAAAGCGCAGCAGUGGCUUCGUUCGAGACUCAUGGUGCAACAAUGCGGCCAGUCAAAUCUGCUUCUCAGCCGACGGGGUCGAAAUCAUGGAUUGAUAUCGACGAGAUUUCCGAGUCAGACUCACCGUCUACGCCGUCUCCACCUCGACAGCGGGCUGGAUCGUCGCCACCAACUGUCCAACCUCUCGAUCUUCGCACAGCAGCGUCGCCCUCAUUGAGAGUCAAAGCGCCAGCGGUGGUGAGCUCGACAUUAAAAUUGAAUGACUCCAUCUUUGCAGACAUUCAAGCUGAUAUAUUCUCAAGGAUCACAGCUACGAUCAGGUCGACAGCCCCCAGCACAGACAUGAAGAAUCCAACGUGGCAUGAGAAGAUUCUGCUUUACGACCCAAUUGUGCUCGAAGACUUGACUGCGUGGUUGAAUGAGCAGGGGCUGUGCAUUGAGAUGCAGCGGCUGAAACCCAAGCCCAAAAGCAGAGGACGGAAGAAAAAGGACGCUGUUCCCGAUGAGCCAGAGUAUGAGACAGUGAAGGAAGAGUUGAAGCCUUGGAUGGUGCAGAAGUGGUGCGAAGACAACAGCAUUUGUUGCCUGUGGAAAGAAGGCUUGCGAGGAGGUGUCAGGACAAGAUAUUGA